UUGCUACUUACAAGCCACUUUCUAGGUCAGUUUUACUAUUGUAAGCACUAUAUCAGUAUUAUUAUUCUCUUAUUAUUUUAAGCAAGACUAAUGAGAUUUACAAAACUUUUACACAUUCAAAUUCCUCCCGUCACUGCACAACCCAACAACAUCCCCAAUGGGCUCAAUUACACUGCAUACGGCCGCCUCAUCCAGCACUGCACCGACCACCGUCUCAUCCGGCGAGCCAAGCUCCUCCACGCCCAACUCAUCCUCUCCUCCGUCACACUCGACAACUUCUUGGCUUCAAAACUCAUCACCUGCUACUCCAAAACCAACCACCUUUUUUAUGCCCACCAGGUGUUCGACCAAAUUCCCCACAAGAACACUUUCUCUUGGAACGCAUUGCUCAUGGGCUAUUCUAUGCACAACCGGUAUACCGACACCCUGAAGCUCUUUUCGGGUUUCUUGGCUUCCAAUUCAUUGUCGGUUAAGCCCGAUAACUAUACUGUUACAUGUGUGCUAAAGGCCUUAUCUUCUUUGGGUUAUGAGCUCAACAUGGGUAGAAGAUUCCACUCUUAUAUUAUUCGGAACGGGUUGGAUAGCGAUAUAUUUGUCGUAAAUGCUUUGAUAACUUUCUAUUGUAGGUGUGAUGAAAUUGUUUUGGCAAGAAGGUUGUUUAAUAGUACUUGUCAUAAAGAUGUUGUGACAUGGAAUGCGAUGAUAGCGGGGUAUUCGAAAGGCGGGUUUUAUGAUAAAUGUAAAGAAUUGUAUUUUGAGAUGAUGGGUUUGGAAGAUGUACAGCCGAAUGAGUUCACUGUGAUCAGUGUCCUGCAAGCGUGUGCACAGUCGAACGAUCUUGAUUUAGGUAUGAAAGUUCAUAGGUAUGUGUUGGAUAAUGAGAUUAAGAUAGAUCUCCCUGUUUGCAAUGCGUUUAUUGCGAUGUACGCGAAAUGUGGUAGCCUGGAAUAUGCUAAACAGCUUUUCGACGAGAUGAGUGAGCGGGAUGAAAUUAGCUACGGCUCUAUUAUUUAUGGAUACAUGCUUCACGGUUUUGUAGACAAAGCGAUGGAUCUCUUCCGGGAAAUGGAUAAACCGGGUUUGAGUACUUGGAAUGCUGUGAUAUCCGGGCAAUUUCAAAACCGACAGUACGAAGCGGUACUCAGUUUGUUUCGUGAAAUGCAGAUAUGCGGGUUUAAACCGGAUACGGUAACGCUUUCGAAUAUUUUUCCUACGCUUUCACAAUUAUCGAACCUAAAAGGAGGGAAAGAGAUGCAUGCAUACGCAAUCCGAAACAUCUACAACAAAAAUAUCUACGUAGCAACGGCAAUUAUCGAUACGUAUGCCAAGUUAGGUUUUCUUAAAGGUGCAGAAAUAGUUUUUAAACAGUCAAAAAAGAAGAGUGUUAUUAUAUAUACAUCGUUAAUAUCAGCGUAUUCUGCGCACGGGGAGGUAAACGCAGCACUUGAUUUAUUUAAUAACAUGAUUAACGUAGGCAUACAGCCGGAUCCGGUUACAUUCACGUCCGUUUUAUCAGCCUGUGCUCAUUCUGGAUUAGUAGAUGAGGCUUGGAGGAUAUUCAACAGUAUGUUAAACGUAUAUAACAUUCAGCCGUUAAUGGAGCAUUACGCUUGCAUGGUAGGCGUAUUAAGCCGGGCCUUAAAGCUUAACGAAGCCGUAGAUUUCAUUAAUAAAAUGCCAUUUGAGCCUAGUGCGAGAGUCUGGGGUGCGUUGCUCAAUGGGGCUUCGGUUGCUGGUGAUGUUGAAGUUGGGAAAUUUGCGUGUGAUCGUUUGUUUGAAAUUGAGCCGGAAAAUACGGGAAAUUAUGUUAUAAUGGCGAAUUUGUAUUCGCAAGCUGGAAGAUGGGAAGAGGCUGAAAAUGUUCGAGUGAUGUUAAAUGAUAUCGGGUUGAAGAAGAUUGCGGGUUGUAGUUGGAUUGAAACGCCCGGUGGAAUGCAAAGUUUUAUAGCUAAGGAUGUAUCAAAUGAAAAUACAGAGGAAAUAUAUGCCACAUUAGGAGGAUUAUUUGAGUUUAUGAAAGAUGAAAAGUAUGCUGUAAGUGAAGAUUUUCAUUAGGAAAGUGUUUGUUAAUUAGAAUAGUCACUCAUGAUUUUACAAUGAGAAUAGUCAUUUUAUUUU